CUUGGUGAGGGGGAAUGAGGAGGACAGUGUCCUGGGUAGAGCUGAGGCACGGGGUACAUCUGAUUUACGUGACUGAGUGAGGCGAGGCACGCUCUGGGGAGGCCGUGGACCCUGAUGGCUUCCGGUUCCCCGCGGCGCCCCACCGUGAAGGAAGCAGGGUUCAGGACUGGAAUGCUGGCUGGCACUCCCGUCGCGGAGGUCGCCUGGUCUCUGUGUGUGCGUUUCAGGGUUUGGAUGGGCACCUGUGCCUAGAGCAUGCUAGGUCGCGUAUGCAUGGAUACUGCGGCGUGGCCGCAGGGCUGGAGCGCCCCGGCCCGGGGAUGGUUAGAUGAUAUGGGUUUUCAGAAAGGACGAGCAAGAUACUGACUCUGGAACAUCCAUGAGAAUAGCUUUCGUAGGUUAGACACUCUUCCAACCCCAACUGCCUGUUACCGGGUGCAACUUUGGGCGGAUGUCUUAAACAUUCAGCGACCGUUUCUUCAGUUAAAACUUUAGAAAUGUGGCAGUAGUGAAGUGUAAAUAAGAUUUUAUUUGCUAGGGCUUAGCUAGUGGCUGCAUGUUCUCAACACAUGGUACACAUACAUUUCUCUUUAAGUUCAUUAGCUUUUAGUAUAGUGAUUGGAGAGUUAAUACUUCUUUCCACACGAACACGACCUUGCACACUCUCUCAGGGAUUCAUUCUCAAUUUUUAGGACACUAAGGUGAAGAGCCCUGGUCUACUGUGCCCUUCCACUCUGAAGUUCUGCCUAAUCUCAGGCCCAGAAACGUGAAACCAGCCUGCUGUGGACUGGAACCUCUGAGACCACAAACCCAGGAAGGGUAUGCUGAAGGAGAGGGUCAUGGACUUGGUCACCCAGACGACCAUCCUGCCCCUGCUGUUUGGCUGCCUGGGGAUUUUCAGCCUCUUCCGCCUGCUACAGCGGAUCCGCUCCAAGGCCUAUCUGAGGAAUGCGGUGGUGGUCAUUACAGGGGCCACCUCGGGUCUCGGCAGAGAAUGUGCCAAAGUCUUCCACGCUGCGGGGGCUAAACUGGUGCUCUGUGGACGAAAUGUGACGGCCCUCGAGGAGCUCACCCGUGAACUUGCUGGUUCUUCUCAGGGACAGACACACCAACCCUUCUUGGUGACCUUUGACCUCACAGAUCCUGGUGCUGUUGCUGCAGCAGCAGCUGAGAUCCUGCAGUGCUUUGGCUAUGUGGACGUUCUCAUCAAUAAUGCUGGGAUCAGCUACCGCGGUACCAUUAGUGACACCAUAGUGGAUGUGGACCGGAAGGUGAUGGAAAUAAACUAUUUUGGCCCUGUUGCUCUAACAAAAGCGCUCCUACCCUCCAUGGUAGAAAGGAAGCAGGGCCAUAUCGUCGCCAUCAGCAGCAUCCAGGGCAAAAUCAGCAUUCCUUUUCGAUCAGCAUAUGCCGCUUCCAAGCAUGCAACCCAGGCAUUCUUUGACUGUCUGCGUGCAGAAAUGGAAGAGGCUGACAUCAAGGUGACUGUGAUAAGCCCUGGCUACAUCCAUACCAACCUCUCUGUAAAUGCUGUCACUGCCGAUGGCUCCAGAUAUGGAGCUCUAGACAAGAACACAGCCCAGGGCCGAAGCGCUGCAGAAGUGGCCCAAGAUGUCUUUGAUGCUGUGGGGAAGAAGAAAAAAGAUGUUCUGUUGGCUGACUUUCUGCCGUCCAUGGCUGUCUACAUCAGAACUCUGGCUCCUGGGCUUUUCUUCAGAAUCAUGGCCUCUAGGGCCAGAAAAGAGCGAAAAUCCAAGAGCUCCUGAUGCUGGUAGAGCUGCUAGCUUGGGCCAGCCUGAUCAGACUGAGUACCACACCUUCCAGUGCUGGGAUUGCAGUGCACGGAGUCUGCAGCUGAGACCUGGUAGAGGGCUAUCUUGUGCUUGUUUCCCAGGGAGUGGUUUUAGUGGUUUAGCCCUUAAGGAAUGAUAUAUAGAGUUGUGCGGGGACUCUGAAAGAUGUAAAAUAAAUGACUGAAUAGUGGAUCAGAGUUCACAGUAGAAGAACCACAUGUCUUCUGAGUCUUGGAUGUCUCUGAUUUCAGAAGUGGUUCUAGAGUUUUAGGGACCAGGCAUAAUAGCACCAGCCCCAAAUCUGGCUUUUUGUUUUGUUUUUCAAGACAGGGUUUCUCUGUGUAGCCAUAGUUGUCCUGGAACUCACUCUGUAGACCAAGUUGUUCUUAAACUCAAGAAUCCACUUGCUUCUGCCCCUCAACCCCCAGGCCUGGGAUUAAAGGUGUGUACUACCCCAGCCCCAUUCACCCCACCCUCACCUUCCAAAUUGCUUAGUUUGGAAACCACUGGCCCAAUUCUUAUGGAAAAGGCCUGAAGGAGAAGGUUGGUAGUCUUAAGAUGAUCCCAGGCUCCACUGUUACUGCAGAAAGUGUGUGUGUGUGUGUGUUUGUGUGUGACAUGUCUGGUGUAGUGCCAGUUCUAGCAUCAGGAAGAACUCGCCCUAGUCUUCCCCACUGGUCCUGCGACUUUUACAGGAACCUCACCAGGUACCAUUCCAAGCUGAAGGUGAACUCUUAAGAGAGCAGGCAACAAGGAGAGCUCCUGCUUGGCUCUGGUGUGAUGUGGGAAGAAGGCUCUCAGACUGCAGAUAUUGGCUGUGGUUGCAGUUCUCAGGCAGUGCCUUAACUCCAGGUCGGAAGACUUCCUCAUCCAGGUCAGGCAGAGCUGGGAAGAGCCCUUGUGUUCACUUUUGACUUUGUUUUUCGAGACAGGGUUUCUCUGUGUAGCACUGGCUGUCCUGGAGCUCCCUCUGUAGACCAGGCUAGCCUCAAACUCAGAGAUCUGCCUGCUUCUACCUUCUAAGUACAGGGAUUAAAGGCAUGUGUCACCACCAUCUGGCCACCUCUGACUUAUGAAAAAAGGCAUGAUGUGUAGGUCAAUUUCAUUUUCCAAGUUUAUAAAGAAAAAAUUUCUGUUACAGAAAAUGAAAGGUGAAACCAUAGGAGGUCCACUGGAGAUCUCCCCAGAUAAGAGUAAAACCCCCUUAUAAAGCUGUCAUGUUCACUUAGCUCUGGGCCUGUUGAAUUGAAAUUAAAUGAACAGAUAAACAUUGUGUUGAGCACA